UUAGCUAACAAACUUCAAUUUAUGAUGCAGAUACUAUUCUACAUAUGGACAUGUCGAGGGACUAGCUCAGGAGAUCAAGAAAGGAGCCGAAUCUGUUGAAGGAGUAGAGGCCAAACUUUGGCAGGUGCCGGAAACUCUUUCUGACGAGAUUCUUGCAAAGAUGAGUGCACCACCAAAGAGUGAUGUGCCGGUCAUUACCCCAAAUGAGCUCACCGAGGCCGAUGGAAUCAUAUUUGGUUUCCCAACUAGAUUUGGUAUGAUGGCUGCUCAAUUCAAGGCAUUUAUUGACUCGACCGGGGGCCUAUGGAGGACCCAGGCACUAGCAGGGAAGCCUGCUGGCAUCUUUUACAGCACCGGGUCACAAGGAGGUGGACAAGAAACUACCCCCUUAACAGCCAUUACCCAACUUGUCCAUCACGGUAUGAUUUUCGUGCCCAUUGGUUACACUUUUGGGGCCGGCAUGUUCGAGAUGGAGAAUAUUAAGGGUGGCAGCCCGUACGGUGCUGGAACCUUUGCUGGAGAUGGUUCUAGACAGCCUACAGAACUUGAAUUGGGGCAAGCUUUUCACCAAGGAAAGCACAUUGCAGCCAUUGCAAAGAAGCUAAAAGGAACUGUCUAAUUCCUCUUUCUUCUACAAGUGAAAUGCAUCAUUCAUACUCUUCAGUAUUAUUCCUAUUCCUAUUCCUAUCAAAGUUCUGUUUCAAUUUCAAAUUUGCAUCUAUUUUCAUCAAAAUAAUUGUAAUAGUUUCUCAACACAAUAAACUUUCCUUUUCUAGUUGAAGAUUAGUGUUGAUUAUGUAUGAGAUUUUCUUUAUACUGUA